AUGGUGACUGUCGUAUGUGAUGUUGAUGCGGAUGAUGCCAAGAUGCUAGUCACACCGGCGCCCAUCUCACUCGAACUAGAGGCACCGGCAGAUGUCGCGUUUGAACUCGUACCACUUGGAUUUACAGAAGCAGGCGAAGAUACCGAAAUUGAAGUGGUGCUUGACUUGCCAGAUGGGUCCGAGCUCUUGAUCGUUGAAGAAAUUGCGGAACUGGUGGCAGAACUAGAAGUAGGACUAACAGUGGAGGAAACAGCAGAAGAAGAAGCAACGGCAGAAUUAGCGGCAGAAUUAGCAGCAGAACUAACAGCAGAACUAACAGCGGAGCUGACAGCAGAAGAACCAACGGCAGAACUAGCAGCAGAACUAGCGGCAGAGCUAACAGCAGAAGAGCUAACAGCAGAAGAGCUAACAGCAGAAGAGCUAGCAGCAGAAGAGCUAACAGCAGAAGAGCUAACAGCAGAAGAGCUAACAGCAGAAGAGCUAACAGCAGAAGAACCAACUGCAGAACUAGCAGCAGAACUAGCGGCAGAGCUAAUAGCAGGAGAACUAACGGCAGAAGAACCAACGGCAGAAGAACCAACGGCAGAACUAGCGACAGAGCUAAUAGCAGGAGAACUAACGGCAGAAGAGCUAACAGCGGAGCUAAGAGCCGAAUUAGCUGCUGAACCAGCUAAAGAACUUGAGGUGAAACCAGAAGAAGAGACAAUAACAGAGCUAGCAGAAGUAGUGGCGGAACUGGACUCUGCUGAAGUACUGGGAGCAGCAGAAGUGGAUGAGUUCCACGACAUGGCACGUCGUUCCAAAUACGGCAUUGGACCCUCACGAUAUAGUCGAUAUGGCCCAGAUAUAAGAGAGGCAUCUGAGUGCUCCAGAAUUGCUCCUUGGGCCGAGCCAACUGCCGCGACGGCAAAAGUCACGAACACUGAUCUAACAAAUGAGUUCAGCAUUGGUGGUGAUGAAAAUAGCUUUUUGUGUUUGGGUUGUAUACGACUAACUAGCAGGGAAGAAGUGUCUUUAAAUAGUCCGGAGAAUUCAAACUCGGCUCAAUCCGUUGCUACUUCAGAGUAA